UCCGGGCCGGAAAUUGCUCCUGUCGCUCUCUUUCUGUCGCGGAGGACGUUAGCAGACCGGCGGUACAACUGCUGCCCCAGGGCAGCUGGAAACGCAUGGUUCCUGAGUGUGGACGCUUUUAAAGUACAGAGGCGGAGGACCCGGAGGUGUCGGGAACCGAGUCCUCCUCGGCCGCUUCAUGCCAGGUUGGAGGCUGCUGGCUCAGGCCGGCGCCCAGGUGCUGGGCUGCGCCAGCGGCGGCGGCCUGAGUGCUAACCUGAGCUUGGGGUGUAGAACAAACAUCUGGCUUUUUGUUAGAGGUCUCCAUGGCAAGAGUAGUACUUGGUGGUAUGAGCAUCUUUCUGAGGAAAAUGCCUCAUUCAUUAAGCAAUUGGUCUCUGAUGAAGAUAAAGCCCAAUUAGCAAGUAAAAUGAGUCCUCUGAAAGAUGAACCAUGGCCUAUACAUCCUUGGGAACCAGGUUCUUCUAGAGUUGGCCUUAUUGCUGUGAAACUGGGUAUGAUGCCUCUGUGGACUAAGGAUGGUCAAAAACAUGCGGUCACAUUACUUCAGGUACAAGAUUGCCAUGUUCUAAAAUAUACUCCAAAGGAAAACCAUAAUGGAAAAACCGCGGCUCUCACUGUAGGAGGAAAAACUGUAUCACGCUUCAGAAAACCUACAUCUGUAUUGAAAUUUUACCRAGAACUUGGAUUGCCACCAAAACAGAAAAUUAAAAUCUUUAAUGUAACAGAUAAUGCUGUAAUUAAACCAGGCACUCCUCUUUAUGCUGCUCACUUUCGUCCAGGACAGUAUGUGGAUGUCACUGCCAAAACUAUUGGUAAAGGUUUUCAAGGUGUCAUGAAAAGAUGGGGAUUUAAAGGCCAGCCUGCCUCUCAUGGUCAAACGAAAACCCAUAGGCGACCUGGAGCUAUUUCAACUGGUGAUGUUGCCAGAGUCUGGCCUGGAACUAAAAUGCCUGGACAAAUGGGAAACAUAGAUAGGACAUCAUUUGGACUGAAAGUGUGGAGAAUAAACACAAAGCACAAUAUAAUCUAUGUAAAUGGCUCUGUACCUGGACAUACAAAUUGUUUAGUAAAGAUCAGAGAUUCUCAUCUGCCUGCAUAUAAGGAUUUCAGUAAAAAUUUACCAUUCCCUACUUAUUUUCCUGAUGGAGAUGAAGAAGAACUACCAGAAGAUUUGUAUGAUGAAAACGUGUUUCAGCCCACUGCACCUUCUAUUACAUUUGCCUAACUCAUUGGACAUGGCAGAAUCUUACAUAUUCUGUGAAAUUUAAUGAGCCAAAGCAGUAAUAUUAUAUACUUCUUUUUUAGUCACAACAAUACUAUACCUGUCAUCUUUGUCAAAGGGCAUAAAUAUAUCACUUACCCCAACUGAAUUUUUUUAGAAAAAUUCCCACAUUAAAUAAACCAGUUAAGUAGCUUGCAUUUGCCAAAUUGACAGUUUGUAUAUUAGCAAAAUAUUUGUAGUUUGUGGACUUCAUUUUUUUUUAACUACAUAUUUCCUGAACUGUCUUACAGUGUUUAUAAAUUUAACUUUCAUUAAAGAUUCAUCAUUGUUUGUAAAGGGAUGAUUGUGAAACAGAAAGCCAUAUGGGGACUAUGGUGUGACCUAUUUGGAUAAAUAAACAUUAUCCUAAAAUUUAUUUUUUGCUUUUCUUCUACAUUUUAGAUCCUUAAAGGGAGAUAGAUUUUUACUUAAAUUAAACACUUCUGUUACCAAUCAGAACUGUGGAUAGGGAAUACAGAGUCCAAGCACUGCCUGCUUAUCUCUGGAGCCCCGCCAAUGCUGUUGAGCAAUUUUGAAUGUAGAGACAAUUYAUUUCUCAGUGGUACAGCCCUCUCGGGUUUUGAUUUGAGCUUGAACCGAUUUACUACCUCAGAUUUUGUCUUGAAGUGGAGAACCUUUUUGUAACUGAACUUCAUUCAAUUAGACAAUUGUUCCCACAUACUUCAUGUUAACUGAAAGUAAUAGGUAAAAUACCGAACCUUAUAUAAUUUUGUACUUCAGGCAAACCAACUGAUCAGACAUCUGCUUUAAAGUUGCACCAAGUAUUGGUCAUCAUCUUCCUUUCUAGGUCGCUUCCUGCUCCCACUACCUGCUGGGGUAGUGGAAACCUAAAUAAAUGCGAA